AUGGCUACUACUGCCCCUACAGAGGCCCGGGUUAAGCCCACCAAGCCCGAUGAGGAAGCCUACAAGGCCAGCCUGGCCCAGGCUGAGAAGGAGCACACUGCGGCCCAGGAAAAAUUGAACGCUAUCAAGGCCAAGCUGGACACCGCGAAGCCUAACAACCAGGAUUCCCCGGUCGUGAAGAAGCAGCAAGCCCUUCGCGCUGAACUUUCUUCAAUUCGCCAGAAGCAGUCCGGUUUCAAGUCCUCCCGCUCAAGCACCUUGGAAAAGAUGAAUGCGUUGGAGGCCACUCUCAAGGCCCGCAUUGCUGAGCAAAACAACGCCCGUGGCAAGAUGCAAUUCAAGAACGUGGAAGAGAUUGACCGUGAGGUUGCCCGGCUCGAGAAGCAGGUCGACUCCGGCACCCUGCGAUUGGUGGACGAGCGCAAAGCUCUGUCCGACAUCUCGAACCUCCGCAAGCAACGCAAGAGCUUCGCUGGUCUGGAGGAGUCUCAGAAGGGCAUCGAUGAUCUGAAGGCCCAGAUCGCCGAGCUCAAGAAGACCCUGGACAACCCCGAAGCCAAGGCACUCAGCGACAAGUACGCCGAGAUCCAGAAGGAACUGGACGCCAUCAAGGCCGAGCAGGACAGUGUCUACAAGAACCUCAACGCCCUCCGCGACGAGCGCACCAAGCUGCGCAACGAGCAGCAACAAAAGUAUACCGCCAUCCGCGACAUUAAGGACAACUACUUCAAGGCUCGCCGUGCCUACAAGGAGUAUGAGGAUGAGGCGUGGCGCAUUCGUCGCGAGCGUCAAAAGACUGAGCGCGAAGCGUUUGAGCGUGAGAAGCGCAAGAAGGUCGCCGACAAGAAGCUCGAGGAGGCGUCUCAAUUGGCCUACACCGACGAGAUCCUCACCGCUCAGGGUCUGAUCCGCCACUUCGAUCCUUCCUACGACUUUGCCGCUCUGGGGCUGGACGACAAGAAGGAUGAGGGCAGCAAGUUUCGUGCCAACGUCGGUCGUACCGUUGAUGACUCUGGCCUCAAGGGCAUGAAGGUCGUCCGCAAGGAUCAGGAGGAAGACUACUUCGUCGGUACUGCUGGCAAGAAGGGUAAGAAGGGAGGCAAGAAGGGUGGUGUCGCCGCUGGUGCUGAGGCCGGCAAGUUCAACAUGAACGUUGGUAUCAUCGAGGACUUUGCCAAGGUCAAGAUCGACCCUCCCAUGAACCAGUCCGAUGUUCCUGCUGUGGUCGAGAAGCUUGCUGCCAAAAUCACCGAGUGGAAGAAGAACCAGGCUAGCAAGACCGAGGAGAACAUCAAAAAGGCCAAGGAGGAGAUUGCUCGCCUCGAGCAAGAAGAGGCCGCUGCUGCCGAGACCAACGGCCGCAGCACUGACGCUGCCAAGAAGCCCGCCGAAGCCAACAUUCUCCCCACUGCCGAGGCUGAGCUGUCCCAGGAGCAGGACGGUGCUGCCGAUGCCGCGGAAGAGUUGAAGAAGGCCUCUCUUGAGGACAAGGAGUAG